AUGGAUUACCAGAACCGAGCAGGAUCGAAAUUCGGUGGCGGUGGUGUCGCCGACCGCUCUGCGACCAACGCUGACCGUCGCGAGCGUCUGCGCAAGCUUGCCCUCGAACACAUCGACCUAGACAAGGAUCCUUACUUCUUCAAGAACCACGUCGGAAGUUUCGAGUGCCGUCUCUGUCUCACAGUCCACCAAAAUGACGGCUCCUACCUCGCCCACACCCAGGGCAAAAAGCAUCAGACCAACCUCGCCCGUCGUGCUGCGCGUGAGCAACGCGAAGGAAAGAAUCAAGAUCCAUCAACCCUACCUGGUGCGAUGGGUGUACAGGUGAAGAAACAGACCAUCAAGAUCGGGCGACCUGGUUAUAAGAUUACCAAGGUCCGGGAUCCCUUGACCCGUCAAACGGGCCUGCUGUUCCAGCUGCAAUAUCAGGAGAUCACACCCGGUGUCAUUCCACGAGUGCGCUUUAUGUCUGCGUUCGAGCAGAAGGUUGAGGAUCCCGAUAAGAACUUCCAGUACCUUGUUGUUGCGGCCGAGCCUUACCAGACCUGUGGAUUCAAGCUCCAGUCCAAGGAGGUCGAUCGUCGGGAGGGCCGGUAUUGGACUUGGUUUGAUGAGGACAGCAAGGAGUUCUGGAUCCAAAUUAUGUUCAAGACAGAGCGUGAAGAGAGAUUCACUGGAGUUCCUGGGUUGGCGCCAAUGCGGACUUGA